UUUAAAAUCCUUGAGCCUUCAAGACGUUUGCACCCUGCCAUAUACCCAAACCCGUUGAGAGCGAAAGUUGUCCUUUCAGUAAUUGGUGUUAACUACCUGACUAGACGAUCUGAACGUUCUCCUGAAUCUGAACGUUCUCCUGAGUCUGAACGUUCUCCCGAGUCUGAACGUUCUCCCACUGUAUAUUUUUCUGAGUACUUCACAGUAUGUUCCUCCGAAUGCUCCACCGCUGUAAAACUUGAAAGUUCACAUUUAAUUUUAGGAUUACUUGAAGGUAAACCCUAG